AGUCAAACAUCCAAACAAACGCAUAUGUUUUUUAUGAUGCAGUGAAAAGGAGGUGGAGAAGGAAGAAUAAGAACAAUUAACAUUACUUCUAGAAGUUAUUGGCGAGUGUUUGGGGGCAAUUGGAGCAAAAUAGAAAACAACAUAAAAAUAAAUAUUACACAUAGGUGUGCCCAAAAUCGAAUUGGGCAUUCAACUUGUGUGUGAAUUGUGCGAAAAUUCGGAAAAACAAAUAUAUCGCUAAAAGCGAAGCAUUGAGAAAAGUGGAAAUUUAUAAAAUAUCUGGCGAGUCACGCAUUUUUGAAAUUGCUAAAUAAAACAAACGAACGUGCAUUUUACGAUACUUUCUAGAAAUCUCUUGUAGUCUUCACAGUAGCGGGUAUUUAUGUACUCUAUCUUUUUAGUGUCGAAAUUCAAAAAUAUGUAUUUUUUUUGCGGUUUACUGAUUAGAGGAGAUAAAUAUUUUAUGUGUGCGCAUUUGUUUGAGUAAACAGAAAAGAAAAAACAUUCACGUCAAAAAUCGAGCGCUGUCCGUGACAUUGGUCUCGAAUUUUCACAACAUGUGUGUGUCAUAACAAGGCCGUCCGAGAACAAAAGCAAAAGCAAAUUUGUGCGUGAAUUUAAACUUAUGACGUUCGUUGAAAAUUUUAAAAAAAUAUUACAACGAUCUAUGUAACACCAGAGAACUGUAUUUUCCUUGUUGUUUUCCCCCACCUCUUUUUAUCAUUAACAUAUGCAUUUGAAACCCACGGUCCAAAAACUGCAUACUACUUCAUUUUCAAUUUAUUUUUUGUUAACAUUCUGUAUAAUUUGCUUUUGUGGGAGCGGGCUGAAAACAAAAGAAACGUUCUUCACGAAAAACUCCUCUCGUUUCCCAAAACCGCGCUGCUUAUUCCGCGUAAUGUUUGAUAAUUUUCUUAGUAUGCUACGUAAACGUAGACGGCUUGAGAAUGUUCCGGACGAUUCCAACGCACAAACCACAGCUGCCGGACCAGCUGAACGCGCAGCGGGCGCAGAAGCAUAUUGGGAUACAUUAUUUAACACGGGUUCUACAGCAGACGCAACUGGCAUAAGUAGUUCUUCCUUCUCCACUUCUGCGAACACUGCUGCUAGGCACGCUGCCACAACGACGGCUGCCGGCGACAACGACAUAUCACUGCUGUCGCUACCAUCAAUGGCACUUUGCUCUACUGAUAGGUGUGACUUUGAAAAAAAAAAAUUCACAACCAGAAAGUGAAGUACAAAGGAACAGAAAAAUCUAUACAACG